AUGACCGGUGAUAUCACCGGAGUGGGCGACGAGGUUGACCUGAAGCUUGUUGCAGAGGACGCUGAAUAUAUAGAUGCAGAUGGAGACAGAGUGGAGAGCAAGGCAGAAGGCUUAGUGGUAACAUCAGCAGACGAUCUGCUCGUUGCAACCGACUUGGAUGCCAAUGAAGGGGAGCCCGACGCAGUUGAACUGAUACUAAUCGCCGACGGCCCUGCUGAAGAAGACGGCCCUGGAGAAGACGGCACUGGGGUAGAGACGGAAGAAAAAGUGGAAGACUUUUUCGUCACGGAAGAAGCAGACACAGAAGAUGUUGUGGCUGCAUUCAAAGUUGAUGAGCUGGGAAGACUGGACGAUGUGGGUAUUGAGGUAGCCGUGGUUGGCGUCAAAUGA